UUCGAGUGGGCCUGGCAACAUCCAAAACGGUCUCGAAGAUUGAGGUGCAUCAUCCCAGUGAAGAAGAGCCGAAUGACAAAGUUUCAGUGGUUGAUUGAACUGCUUGGGAGGAUGCUUUGUGUGGAUCCCUGGUGCCGACUGCCAUUGACGCUCCGCUGGCUCAUGCCCAAGUAUAAAACGCCCUUCACUGGCGAAUGGAUCCCACCCAGUCACAUCCAGUACGUGGACGGACUAGUGAAAUCCCGUCGAAUCCGAGACGUCCUCGAGAACUCGACUCAUUCCGCGUCCGGAAACGGAUCCUCGUGUUGCCUCGUGUGCGGAGAAGAUGUCGCCUCGGUCGCGGACCAGCUCCGUUGUUUCGGCUGCUACAACAAAUUCCACCUUCGCUGUUUGGCGGACUUGUUUUUGCGGCGUUCCGGUGAAGUGACUGAUGGAAUCGUGCCCGUGAGCGGCACUUGUCCGACCUGUGAUUUGCAAGUCAUGUGGGGCGAUUUGGUUAGGUUCAAAAAGGGCUGUUUCCGGGACGUUUUCAGAGAUCCCAUGUACUUCAGUUGGCCAAGUGCGGAAGCUCCUCCUCAAUGGCAAUACCUCGGACAGAUCUCAAACGAAAAGCCCUCGGCGAUAUUCCGCAUAUCCCGGCUCAAGUCGAGCGGCCUGGAGGCGUCCUCUGUCCCUGUGGGCUUUGGCCAGAAGGUGACGCACAACGCCCAAAUCGGCAUUUCCCUGGAACCCCUGCAAGUGCUUCGCUCCAUGACACCAGCAGUGGAAACAUCCGCUGAAUUGGCAGCCGUGGGCUUCGUGGAAUUCACUCAGCGGAUGUUGGAGUCGUUUCUCAACUUUGUGACGAGUUUCAGUCAGACGCAGGGACAGAUGUCGCCCGCUCCCAACGAGAUCUUCGUGCCGCUAUCCUACGUCCAGACGUGGUAUCAGAAUUUCGAGCGGCGACUGGCGCAGAACGUGUAUUUUUGGAAGAAUUGA